UAGAGAAUAUCUCGAUUUAGUAGGUCCCAUGUUCGAUCAGCAAGAGAGAAAGAAAGAGAGAGACUAGCUUUGAUAGGUAGAAUCAAUCUGUAAUCCCGAUCUAGGAUUCCUUCCUCGUUUCACAGCUCGGUGAACAAGGGAACGGGCGUGUUUUACCCUCACCCCUAACCCCUUUACGAUGCGCGGUUCCGAUCAACGCGUAGAGAGUAUCCUAGUGGUAGUUGUGUAGUAAUAGUAGUAAUAAUAGUAGUGGUACAGCUUCUGUGAAGUAGAGAGAAAGGAUUUCGUAUCAGUUCGCUACGGACUAUCAAGACCGGCAUGACGGGGACAACAGAAAUCGAAGACAAAUUUGUUGACUCCUCCAAGAGGAAGUCGUACGAAUCAGUUAAGAAAGAUCUUAGUUCGAUUAUUAACAAAAUUGACGAGCUUAAUUCAUUCGCUCGUGCUUUAACUCUACUACGUGCUAAUUCGAGACGCAAAUCGAUCGGAAUAAGGAUUCACGGUAAACACCUGUGGAUCCUAGGAUUUCUAUUGCUCUGGUUUUUCGGACAAACUACUAGGAAAUUUAUCUCUACUUAUCGUUACGAUAAGUGCUUAGUGGAAUAUCCGGUAGUAACGCAGAAAAUAUUUCGCCCACCGGAAGAUUGUUCCAUCUGUCGGGACAUUCAACAUAUCGAUAAAUUAUCGAACAUAGAUCCUAUUGUCUUCGAAGAACGUUAUGCAUAUUCUGGAAGACCGGUUGUUAUAAUGGAUGCGAUGACCAAUUGGACGGCUCCAAAAAUCUUUAGCUAUUCUUUUUUUAAAUCUCUUUAUGAAGGAGAACAAGCUGGUUGUCAGUUUUUUCCGUACAAAACCGAAUUCCGAAGUUUGCAGGACGUUUUCAAUAUGAGUACCAGUAGAUCUCUUUUGCAAGCUGGUACGAAGCCUUGGUACGUUGGCUGGAGCAAUUGUGAUGGUAGAAUUGGCACUGUGUUGAGGCAACAUUAUCAGAGACCAUAUUUCUUGCCACUUACAGCGGAAAGUGAGAAAACUGAUUGGAUUUUUAUGGGGAGCCAUGGAUAUGGAGCACCGAUGCAUGUAGAUGACGUCGAGCAUCCUUCAUGGCAGGCACAAAUAAGGGGUGAGAAACUAUGGAUCUUACAGCCACCGAGAGAAUGUCAUUACGCGUGUAAACAAUUGGAAGUGGUCGUACAAACCGGAGAGAUAAUUGUCUUGGACACGAAUAGAUGGUAUCACCAAACUAGAAUUGUUUCUGAAGAGAUGAGCAUCACGAUUGGCGCUGAGUAUGAUUAAAAACUAAAAUAAUAUAUCUUGUUGAAAGAAAAUUAUCUUAGAAGAAAAAGAUUUGAACUAUUUUAUUUCUUAAUUAAAUCUUGAAGAUGAAUGAAUGAUGUCUAACAACAUGUUAAUAAACGUUUAACGAUAAAAAUCAA